GUGAAGAGAGUGUGUGAGCGAUCGAUUCAAUUGAAAGCAGCAGAACAAACAUUGGAUUUUCUUUUACUCCAUCCUUUGAUUGUCCUCAACGUAACCAUCAUCGUUCAUCAUGACCCGUGUCUCCAACACUCCUUCUUCCCGUCCAGAGGUCAUCCAAUCUCUCAUUGAUGGAGUCGACAGAUACAACCCCGACAAUGUUUCUAUCCUCGAGGAGUAUCUUGCUGCUCAGUGCACCAAUAAGGAGUGCGACACAAUGGCUAACCUUGCCAUUCUCAAGUUGUAUCAAUUCAACACACACCUGAUUAGUGAUCAAGUCGUCAACAAUAUCUUGGUCAAAGCCUUAACAACACUCCCUGCCCCUGACUUUAACCUGUGCUUGUACCUUCUGAAUGAACAGAUGGUCACAGAGGAGCCAGUUGUCCGCCUUGUUGCUCUCCAGGAUCUACUUGAACAGGCCAGGUUCGCGGAUUUUUGGAAGACAUACGAGGGUGAUGACAUUUAUAAGGAGUUGACUGCUGAGGUUCUUGGGUUCGAGGAUUCCAUUCGCAUCAAUAUUGCGAAUGCUGUUGCUAUGACCUUCCAGUCAAUCGAGCUUCAGAGCUUGCAGACAUAUGUCCACUUGAAGGAUCAGGAUUUGUCAGAAUUUAUCAAGGCUCAAGGAUGGACUGAGGCUAAUGGUGUUGUCACCAUCCCCGUCAACAAGGAUAACGAGGCCAAGACCACUGUCUUGACUGAAAACAUCAAGUUUGAACAAUUGACCAAGAUUAUAGGGUAUUCGAACGAUGCAUAGAGAAGGAUAAUGGAGUCGAAAAGUAACAGAUGAGGAUAAUAAAAGACUCGUGCUCGUAAAACGCAGCAUU